AUGUUCAGCUUUUCCGACGACAUGAACGAGGUGUUCAACGACUUCUUAACUGGAGGCGCUGGCGGGUUUCGCCGUGAGGGUCGCCUGCGUAAACCCAAGGAGGAGACUUGCACGUUACCUGUCACUCUCAGGGACUUGUACAACGGCAAGGUGAUCAAGGUUCCACGUAAACACACCAUCGCAUGCGUCUCCUGUGAAGGAUACGGAAUGAAGAAUAAAAGUUCAAGUGCAUGUCCAGCGUGCCGAGGCAGCGGUACUCGUAUGAUGAUGCAUCAAAUGGGCAUGAUGAUGCAGCAAGUGACAAUGACGUGCGAUGUGUGUGGCGGUUCAGGUCGUCUUAUUCGUGCUGUAGAUGCAUGUCCCGUGUGCCGUGGGAAAAGAACGAAGGAGAUUAAAUCAUCGCUGACAGUGCGAGUGGAGCCUGGCAUGGGUCAUCGCGAGGAAAUUGUGCUGCGCGGAGAAGGAGAUUUUGAUCUGGAUACACACGCGUGUGGCGAUAUAUAUGUCCUUUUGGAGGAGACGAACGAUGAUCUAUUCGUGCGUGACGGCGACGACCUUUACAUUACCAAGAACAUCACUCUGGCGGAAUCCCUAUGCGGAUUUCAGUUUGUUUUUGAGCAUUUAGAUGGUAAGGAUCUAAUAGUGCGACGUGAGCGGGGUGAUAUCACCAAGCCAGGCGAGACGAAGGUGGUGGUGGGGAAGGGCAUGCCGCUGUAUAAGCGUCCUGGACAAUUUGGUGACCUGAUAAUAAAGUUCAAUGUUGAAUUCCCACCACGAGUAGAGCAGUUCCAAAUAGAUCUCCUCCAGCGCGCCCUACCCCCUCCGAAGAGUGUGGAGCCAGAGACCUGCGAAGACGCGCAAGAGUGUCACGUGGUAAGAGAGGAACUCGGCCAUCUCCGUAGAGAGUUGGAGGGAGACGCACCCGAAGAAAAGGAAGGCCCGAGUGUCGGUUGCGCUGCUCAGUAA